AUGCCGCCGACCCUGCAUGAUCCGUCUCUCUCGGAGCUCGGCUUCGAGCAGUGCAAAAAGCUGCGCGAGGUCCUGCGCACCACCCUGCCGGGCCGCCUCGACCCGGAUCUGGUCCUCGUCAGUCCGAUGACCCGCACCCUCCAGACCGCCAUGGCCUCGCUGGAUUGGCUGCAGGCCAACGGCGUGCCCUUUGAGGCUCACGCCGGCUGGCAGGAGACCACGGACCACCCCUGCGACGUGGGCUCCGAGAUCGACCAGGUGGCCCAGCAGUUCCCGCAGGUCGACUUUUCGCACGUCGAUCCCAUCUUCCCCGAAAAGACGACACCCCAGGCGCUGCUCUAUGCCUACAACCGGCAGGCCCUCGUGACGCGGGCGCAGACCGUCCUGGCCGAGCUGUAUGCGCGGCCCGAAAAGGUCGUGGCCGUGGUGUCGCACUCGGCGUUUUUGAGCAAAGCCGUGAGCGGCAGCUUGUAUGCCAAUGCCGAUUUCCGCAUUUUUUCCUUCAAGGCGCCCGUUGCGGCCGACUCCAAAGAGGCACGGAGCCCAGAACACCCGGACCUGCCACCACUCGUGUACCAGCUGCACGAGUGGGACGAGACACGGAACGGCCACGGCGGAAUGGGCUGGAGCGAGGACCGUAUCCGCAGCAUUGGCGAUGAGCUGGUAGAUUGA